UAGCGUUUGUUGGUUUCCUGUUAGGCGGUCAGUUUAAGUUGCCAUAGCAGAGGAUGGCGGUGCCUUACAUUGAUCACACAAGAUAACCGUCAAACUGCUGGCUACACGGAUUAGUGCCGUUUCUUAUUUUCAUCCUUUGGCUCAUGUCAGCAUGGACUCCUCCAGUGAAUCUGACACCUAUGACAGACCCACGGGGCAUCGAUCACGGGUCAGAAAGCGCCGAACGAGGCCUGACAGCGGGUUUCCCAGGGACACUCGUGUAUCAGACAUAUCAGACAAAAUUGACACUUUAGCAAACACUCUACAAGAUACAAGCCGAAAUCUAAACAAAGUAGAUCGGAUGUUGGGACAGUAUAAGGAACACACAGAUGACCAAGCUGAAGCCAUGGCGACACUGAGGGAGAGCUUAGAAGAGUCCAUCCAGCAUCUGCAGGCACAGCAGCUGAGGAGGUCCACUGGUGGGUGGAGCACCUCCCUCUCCACACUGCACACCAGUGAUCUGGAAGAUGGCAGCGCCACAGAUAGGAGGCGCUACCUCCCCACGUCACCUCUUAGGGAUUAUGGCAGUGCAGGCACAGGUAACAGAAGACGGUCUAGAUCUGUCGCUGUGCGUUUCAGAGACUUCGCUCAAGCUGAAGAGCAGAUUCACUCAUUGCAUCAAUCCCUCAGAGACCUGAAGAGUGAUCAGCUUCGGAUGGGCGAUGACAUUGAUAGAGAGAUCAGAAGAAGAGACAAGACUGACAUAGAAACCAAGACGACAUUGGAGAAUUUUGCAGGCCACAUAAAGGCAUCACAGAUAGAAGAACCUGUUUCAUUACGGGUGGAGAGACGUCUACAGGAGAUCGAGGAUGAGAUGCGCUCGGGGCAACAGGUGCUUUCUGAAAGACAUCACAGAGAGAAGCCAAAAAGCAUGUCUGGUGAACUGCAGGAGGCUUUGAGAAGACAUGACGCCCAAACCCCGGAGGCUGAUGAGAACUUCAGAAAUAGACUGCAGAGAUCAGAGAAUGAGAGAAGCAAGAUGCAGCAGGAGUUGGAGAGACUCAGAGAGCAGCUGGAUCAGUCAGAAGUUGGACGAAACACCCUUCUUCAGAAGAUGGAUGACAUGCGUUCACAGCUUCUGAAGAUGGAGAAGGAGCGUUUAGAUUUGCAAAGGGAGUUGUCUUUACUCCUGUCUCAGCAGAGAAGUGCGAGGAGACAGCAGGAGAGAGGAGUCACAGGCCUUGACAGCGGCCACACAGAACUGGAGAGAGAGAUUGAAGACCUGCGGGUGCAGUUGGGUAGAAUCAGUGUUUCUAGUGAGGUGGAAGAACUGAAAAAAAGUGUAGAACGAAAAGAGAGAGAGAAAACACAGCUCGCUUUCCAGGUCGAGGCUCUUUCAGCAGAUCUGGAGCGACGUGAACAGCAGCAGUUGAAGAUGUUGGCCCAACUGAAGGAGAUCCAGUCUCGUUCAGAAGAAAAUGUGUCAGAAUGUGGCCGUCUGGAGGCUCAGCUGAUCGAGAGCGAGAGAAGGAGAGAGGAGCUGCGCUCUAAAGCUCAGGAAGCAGUCCGACAGUGGAAGACUAAGUGCAAGAAACUGGAGCGAGAAUUUCAGGAACUAAAGGUUAACAGCAGAAACAGCACUGAUAAAGAUAAACGGAGCAAAGAGAGAGAAGGCAUUCUUAGCCAGCAGCUGGAGGGUGCACGCCAACAGCUGGCUGAUGCUCUUGGACGUCUUGCUCAGCGUGAAGAGGAUGUACGCCGCUGUAAUGUGGAUCUUACUGAAACUCGUUCACAGCUUGUCACUUUAGAACUAGAGCUCCAAGAGGCUCGGGAAACCUUGAGAGGCCUGGAAGAGGAGGCACAGAAGCAGAUCUCCUUACAGGUCCGUAUGAGAGAGGAGAACGUCAGGCUACAGAAGCAUGUGGAAUUUCAGGAGCAUAGGAAAGAGGAGGAGCAGAGAUCUCUGUUGGAUCUCCAGGGCUCAGUCAAGAACCUGAGCGCUGCAAGAGCUGACCUAGCUGCCAGACUGGCUGAGAUGGAGAGCUCCAAGAAGGAUCUAGAAAAACAGCUCGCUGUGGCUCAGGACGAGAGCUCUUCUUUUGGAAGACAGCUGGAACUGGAGAGGCAGGUGCAUCAUAAGGAGCUAAGCCACCUCCGAAUGACCCAGCAAGAAGGAAAAGCCCAACAGGACAGAGAUGUACACGACAUGCUGAAAUUAUAUCAACGAGAGCGAGAAGAACUGGAGGCUCUUGUCAGAGACCUUAAGUCGGAGGCAGUGGCCGAUAGUGAACUAAGGAGAGCUCUGCAGCUGAAGCUGGACAAAAUGAAGAUGGAAUGUGAUAAACUGACUGAGCAGCUGAGCACUAGUGAGGAAAAUCAUGCUAAGCUCCUCCGCAAAUACCACGCCCUCAGAAAAGAGCUGGAUGUGAAGGGUGAGCUAGCAGAGAGGGAGGAGGAGAGGAGACAGAGUGCAGAGCACUCCAUGGCGGAGCUGCACGAGAGGGUCACGGGCCUCCAGACGGCACAGGAGUCCAUCCUCCAUGCCGUAGGGACUCAGAUUGACUCAGCCUGCCAGUUCUUGUCAAAAGACUCAGCUGCCAAGCUUGAGGCCAUUACUCUGACUCCAGGACUGCAGAAGGAUUCCCAUCGCUGGCUUGCUGAAGUUAAGACAAAGCUCCAGUGGCUGUGUGAGGAGGCGCGUGAGCGGGAGUCCAGAGAGAGGAGAUUGAGGAGGACACUGCAGCAGCACAAGGAGCAGAUGAAAGCACUGAAGAAAAGCAAGGACUCAGAACUGCAGAGCCUCCUGGACCGCAUUACCCUGCAGGAUCGGCUCCUCAAAGACAUCCAAUCAGAGAAGAGAGGUCUUCUUGAAAUGGGCCGCAAGAAGGAAGAUGAGAUGAGAAAUCUUCAGGACCGGGUUGUAGAUCUUGAAAUGAGCACCAGGCUGGCCUUGGAUCAUCUGGAAUCAGUUCCUGAGAAACUCAGUUUGCUGGAAAACUUCAAGGAUCUAGAGGAGUCACAGAAGCAGAGAGAAAUGGUGGAGCAACGUUAUGCCAAAUAUAAGGAGAUAGUUGGUAACCUCCAGCAUCAGCUUGAGGAAUCUAAGAAGAGGAUUCAGGAAUACAGGGAUGAGAAGUUGGAUGCAGCCUGUCGGAGUCUCCAGCUUACUAGUCUGACAUCUCUGCUCAGUCAGAGCAAUAUGCUGACCGAUACCACUUUGUCUACCCACACCUAUGAGGCGAAACAAGAGGAUCAACUUUAAUCCUGGAAAAUGGAAGGAUGAGGACAUCAAAGAAAAAGCCCCCCAAGAGGGUAAAAAAAUAGAAAAUUCUUGGAAAUACAGCAAAUAAACCCAAAUCACAUGAAUGGAAUGUCAAAGAGUGGAUACAGUAGGAAGAUGUUUUUUUCACAUGAAAAGGUUCAAACAAAACAGAACAGAACAGAAAGUAUCAUGCAAACUGUCCAAGAAAUCUGAACUGAAGGUCAGACUGAUGAUGUGAAUUUCUGUGUCAACAUGAAAUCAUAUGAGUGUGGUGGUUUGCGGCUAAGUGUACUCGUUUCGAAUGUCAGAUGAGAAGAAAUGAAAGGUAACACUGGAACUGUCCCUUAGAAUACUUCCUGUUGCCAUUGAAUUUGAGAGGACUUGGGGAUGGUAUUAGAUUUAACACAGUUAGGGAGAAUUUAUCCAAAGCACAACUGUCUGCCAUCAGGUUUCAAAACUAGUACAGAGUAAAUCUUUGGAUAAUGAGCAGAGUGACCUUGUAAGUUUGAGGAAAAUAUGCGGUAAAAUUAACAAACAAAUAAAUAGGGGCCAUCUGUAAAGUCAAAGGUAAUGACGGACCAUAUGGAUACUAGCUUGCAAGGUAAACGGGUAUGACACGCUUUAAAAAUGAUGAAAACAAAACAUUGUUUUUGCUGGAAGUCAUUUUUACAACUGAAAAUAUAAACAAUCAAAGCAUGAUUUUAAUUGGUGUAUUUAGGAGUGGAAGGUUAAAAAAACUGGUCAACGCAGGACAUAUGUUUUGCAUAAUACAGGGUGUGGUUUAAGGUAAAUUCAAGGGCCUUAAUUAGUGUUCUGAUGACAUUUAGAAGCAAUUAAAAGCCCUUUGGUUAAGAAGUACCAGUACAGGGCAGCAGGCAGACCAUCGAACUUUCAUAAACCAAACAAGCCUUGCAUCCAUAAUGGCCUUGUAAGCACUAAAAUCAACAGCAGGGUUUCAUAUACUGCGAUGGCUGACGGCGAAUUACAAUUACAGCGAAUCCCAAGUUCUCUGAAAAUUAUGUUUUAUCUUAACCAUACCAAUUAAUACGUCAUAGUUAUACUGCACAAAAAUCUUUGUUUAACCUUGAGGAAACAGGCUAUGUGUGGAGAAAGGUGAGCACAGAAAUUCGAAGAUAUCUGUUCUCUAUUAGAUGUUUUAACGUAAGGCAAGCCUUCAAUGUGAGGAAACAAAGGAACAAACAGGAAGGAGGAGUUGUUUCUGUUGCAGUUAGUCCGCUACACAUCAGAAAUCUCUAUGCUCAAAGCAUUAUUAUUAUUUGAUUUGUAAACAACUCAAAAUGUAUCAUCUGUCAAAGACGCACACACACACACACGCACUGCAAGAAAUCCAUUGUGUACAGGAUUGAUACAUUUUGAAGCAUCAGAGUGAACUACAUGGAGUUUGAUACUAAUUUUGUACUUUUGUCAUAAAGUUUGGCUCUCUGUUGAUCGCUGAGAGGACAAAAUUAGUAUAAACACAAAACCAUGUUAGUGACGUUCGGCCCCAUAAUCAAGUGUAACUCUGAAACAGCCCAAUGCUUCCUGGCUCAUUUUAUUCCAUACCAAUAUCAUUUGCACGUGAACUGAUUCAGAGAAAUCAGCCCACAGACUUAAAUAGAACAGAAUUUGGACACAUAAAUCACGUCUUAAAAUGUAUCAAUGUCACUG